AUGGGCUGCGCACCCUCCAAGCAGGAGGCCCAGGCGAAUGGCGGCGCUGACGCGGCCGCUGCCACCCACCACAAGCUCAACAAGAAGCUGAGCGAGAAGGCGCGGCACCCCAGCGCCAUCCCUGCAUCCUUCUUUGAGCGCGAGCACCGCUUCCGCCGCGAGCAGCGCCCCAGCAAGGCGGUGGCGGAGCGGCGGCAGGGGCCAUGCAGGCACGCGCGGGUGUGGUGGAUGCGGACGGGCACCUGGGGCGCGUGGAGCGACGGCUGGUGUGAGCUGGCGGGGCACACGCUGCAGUUCUACGGGGGGGCGGGCGAGGCCCCUGGCCCCGGGGUGGCGCCCCAGUGCAAGUGGGAGCUGGUGGGGGCGCACCUGCGGAUGGAGAGGAAGCAGGAGCUGGGUCUGACGCCCGCCGGCGGCGGCGCCGUCGUGUCGCUGGGCAUGCCAGAUGAGCAGCAGGCGCAGGAGUGGAUGGUGGGGCUGGCAGCCGUGCCCGGCCUGUUCAGGCGCGUGCCUGACUACUACGAACUGGGCGCGGCCUGGGGCCACGGCGCCACCUGCACCGUGUGCGAGUGCGUGGGGCGGUACAACGGGCAGCGGUACGCCCUCAAGAGCCGCCUGCACAAGAGCCGAGGCGCCACCGAGGCCAUGCACAACGAGCUGCGCAUCCUGCAGAUCUGCGCCAAGAAGCCGCACCCCGCCAUCCCCCGCCUGCACGACUACUUUUUCGAUGAGGACGGCAGCAUCGAGCUGGUGAUGGACCUGAUGGAGGGCGGCGAGCUGUUUGACCACAUCGCCACCUCGCCGCAGCUGCGGGAGCACGACGCGCGCGCCAUCUUCCGACAGGUGGCAGAGGGGGUGGCGCACCUGCACGCGCUGGGCAUCGCGCACCGCGACCUCAAGCCGCAGAACCUCAUGUACGUGUCGGCGGACGAGGGCGCGCAGGUCAAGAUCAUGGACUAUGACCUGGCCAGGGUCAACUACGCGCCAGACUGGGAGGGGGCCACACCCUGCGGCACCAUCCACUACAUGGCACCCGAGAUUGUGCAGCACCGGCGCUACUCUCUGGCUGUGGACAUGUGGAGCCUGGGGGUGAUCCUCUUCAUCCUGCUCACGGGGCGCAUGCCGUUUGAUGGCAAGAACCAGGAGGCCAUCGCGGAGGCCAUUGAGGCGGGACGGUACUGCAUGGAUCCUCAGCUGUGGAGCGGCGUGUCGGAGGAUGCCAAGGACCUGGUGCGCAGCCUGCUGCAGCAGGACCCGCAGCAGCGCCUCACCGCGGAGCAGGUGCUGCAGCACCCCUGGCUGAGCGCUGAGCUGGACCCCAUGCACUCUGCUGAGCUCAAGACGGAGCGGGGCCGCGAGCUGCUGGCACUGGCGGCCCUGGCCUACUCAGAGGGAGACCUGCGGCAGGCGGGCGGCGCGGCAGGCGGCGGCGGCGGCGCGCCCGCGCCAAGCCCCAGGCUGCCAAAGAUGCGGGCCCGGCUGUCUGCCGGCCGCGCGCCUGUGGCUGCAGCAGGCCAGGCGCUCGACUUUGACAUGCAGGCGGUGCGGGACCAGGCGGGAGGCGGCGCCAGGGCCAACGGCAAGCCCGCAGGCGCGCAGCCGGGCUUGAGGAGCACGGCCGAAGGCGCCGAGCAGGAUGAGGAUGAGGAUGAGGCUGUGACCAGGCUGAGGUCUCAGCUGCGCAUCAUUGGUACCGCAGCCGGGCUGCAGGACCGCAGCUACCUUGAGCUGGCGGGACGACAGCUGCCACCGGGCUCGCCACGCAUUGAGGACCGGGCGCCCUUGGCGGCGCAGCGCCCCACGGCCGCGCGGCAGUGGCAGCCUGCGGUGGAUGGGUUUGGCGACCUGGGGGGGCAGGAGGUGGUGGAGGAGCGGCUGAGCGGGUGCGACAGCGACAGCGACAGCGGCAGCGAGGAGGCCGGCCUCAGCGGGCCGGGCGGUGGCAGGAGUGCGACGGCGGGGCGGCAGGCGGCACAGUGGGCGGCGGGCGGCGCGCCGAUCCAGCUGCCUCGCCUCCCGCCCGUGCACAGCCUGCCUGCCGACCAGCAGCUGCUGCAGCAGCUGAGCCGGGGUGGCCGGGGCGGGGCAGAGGCGGGGCAGGGCGGCCUGAAGCGCGCGCAGUCUGCCUACGCGGUGGCAGGCGGCGGCGGCGGCGGCAUGCCGCGGGCCACCUCCACCAGCCAGCUGGACGGCAAGGAUGCGCGCAUACCCGCCUCGCAGCGGGAGCCCGUGGAGCGCGCGAUGCAGCAGAAGCAGCGGUGGCUGGCGCGCCUGCGCACCGCCUCGCCCACCGCGCACGAGUGGCAGCGCAUGACGGCGGCGGCGCCGCCGCCGCCCUGCAUAUGA